CAGUCUUUGAUAGUUUUUCUUGGUGGGCGGACGUCCCGCCCGCCUUCACGACCGAGUCGCGAGUACGCGAGUGAAUUCAAACUAUACUUUUGUACUACUAUUGUGAAUAAAUCGCUGUGUGCAUUUUGUGUUUAGAAGUUCAACUGAAAUUCGAUUAAAGACAAGGAAGAGUGCAAUGCUAUGGAUUCCAGGCGCGGCAGUGAGGUGACGAAGGCAAAGACGAUGCAGCUCCGGUCACACACGGGGAUCAGCUAAUGUGAGCUGUGACUAGGACUAGGAGAGAGCUCGUACGAAUGGAGAUGAACGGGACGGAGCCUCGUGGCGAGGAAGCGGCCGUGACGCUGGCGCUAAACGUGGCCGUCACCGUCAUCUCCGCCAUCGGAAUGCUCCUCAACGCCUAUAUACUAUUCGUAAUCAUUAUCACUAAGCAGCCGGCGUCCGCAUCUUCGGUGCUCCUUGUCCACCUCGGUGCGGUGGGAGCUCUUGCGAGUGGUGCGGCUCUGUGUGGGGGCAGUGGGAUGUGUGCAUGCGGUGCUUUGCUUCACGCGCUCCAUCCGUUGCAGCUGUGGACUGUAUGCGGAUUGCAUGCGGACCGAGCUGCCGCUAUCGCUGCGCCUUUACACUACGCCGCCAUGGUGUCUGCUAAGAAGGUGAUGAUUUACGUCGCAGGUGGAUGGGUAGCAACGGCAGCACUGCUGGCUCCAUUGGCUGCCGCUCAGCCACCGUUAACCUAUAGUUCUGGAUUAGGAAGUUGCGCUCCAGACUGCGGGGCUGGGCCAGCAGGCCUCGGGUUUUGUCUUCUUUACGCAUUGGUGACAUUACUGAUACCAGUUACUUUAGUGCUUAUGUGCAGCUUGAAAAUCCUUCGUAUAGCGCGCUACCAUCGACACAGGAUCGCUGCGGCAAUUUACGAAGUCACAAUAUCUGCGCAAGUGACGGUUACACAUCAAAGGAAUCCAUUCUCACCUCCGCCACCACCACGUCACCGAGCAUUAUCCGCAGUGCUACAACCGCUCGGGUCACUGGCAAUAUUAUAUUUCCCUUAUUAUUGCAUUUUAAUAUGGCCCGCUGUGUCUGCUCCGCCACAAAUGCUGGCCGCACUAUCGGCAACCCUACUGGCGGCUGCCCCUCCCGUUAACGGCAUUUUGUACGGUAUUCGAAGCAGAGCUCUCCGCGAUUCUCUUCGAAAUUACAGACGAAAGCGGAUGACGAAAAGUGAAGUAACCCAAGAAAUUCAGGCCCGAACCCCAAGUGCGUGUGGAUCUCGAAGACCAUCGCUAUCAGCUGGCUCCGGCUGUAUACGUCCACCGACAACAAGAAGGCUGUCUGAUGCCGCGGCGAUGGGAUCUCGGGGUUCGGAGCGUCCGGCGCAACGUGCCGCUUCCUGUAACAUGUUGCAAGAUUCUCAAGAAGAAGAAAUAUCAAGACCUCGUACUUGUGCCAUUCCGAUAAUUCGGGCGCCGCCGCACGUGGUGCUCGGUCGGGCUCUGGGCCUCGAAGAAGGUGGGACUAGAGACCGACGGAGACGUCAGUCGCCACGUAUCACCGUCACUCGCGCUAUGUCCGACGAGAGCGAGUCUCCCACUCGGCGUCCGCUGUGUCGGCAACAAUCACGCUCCAGUGGCGCUCUUCUCGGUGGCUUAACAUACUCUCCAGUCAUCUCUGAAAACAUGCAAUCAGAUCAAUCGGCAGACGAGCAGCUCCUUCUCUCCUGGCCCAAUAAAAACAACACGAAACAAGAGGCUUUAUAAAACGGGUAAUUGUGUAGUGCUUUAAUUUAGUGCGUGUUAAGACAGUAAUGAAAGCGCGGUUUGACCACGGAUCAGCAUUGUUAUUUGUGAAUGUUUAUAUUAAGUUGCUCUAUGUAAUACUCAACUAGACCUUCCUUUCUGAAUGUUGACCAAAUAUGAAGUUUCCUAUGAAUAUUGAGUGUAACGUAGGUGUUACGAGUUCUCCAACAGGGUUCCUCCAUAUCGUUAGCAUGUACUUGUUUCUUCAGUGUAUCGUAGAGAUUUACGAAAUAUUCCAUAGGCUUAGAUUGAAUAAUUUAAUUAUUUCUCAAAUUGUUAUGUUAUAGUGUAGUAAAAGUUUAUUCUGCAUUAAAAAAAAAAAACUUCAAACAUGUUCUACGUUAAUUUUACUGCUUGAUUGUCAAUAGACCUAUAAAAAAUCUAGCUUCAUUUUUAAUGUAUUAUUUUGAGAGCUCUGCUAAAGUCUUUGUUGUGUCGAAAAAAAUAAUUUUAAAUUACCAUUAAUAAAAAUUAAGGUGUUAAAUAAAAUUAUUAUGAAUUUAACGUGUGACUCGCAAUGAAGUGAUGCACAUUGUUGUAGUUUAAUAAAAUUAUAUUCAAAGCUUUCACAUUCAAAACAUUAUAUGUAUUUAAUGCGAGAACAUAGUAUUUAUGUGGUGAUUUGUUGAUAAUGUUAGUAAACAGUGUGUAAAUAGCAUAUAAUGUGGAUAAUAUUUAAUAGGAAAAUAGUAUUUAAAAAUAUAUAGUGAAAACGUUAUGUUUGAAAAAGUUUAUUCAACGACUUAUAUAGUAUUAUUAUGAAUAUUGAAUGCUAAGCAUCAUCGUGGUUAAUAAAUUCUUCAGACAUUCUUAUCAUAUUAUAAAGUAUUUUCAUUAUAAUUUUUUUGCAUACUCCAAUGCAUACUUUUGAUUAGUUUAUUUGCUAUUUUCGGUAAAGUUUUUGUUCAUAUUUCGACUGUUCUAAAAGGAAGAUAGCUGCUUAUUUCAGAAGAAUAUUGAUCCCAAUCUCAGAUUCCCUACUGUCAUGUGUUUCAUAUUCUUCAGUUAGUAACUAAAUGAAUGCUCUUGAAUAUGUGAUUAGUAAGUACAAUUUUAUUGUUGUAUUUUUGCAGUCAGGUUUUAUUUUACUAUAACAUUUUGAAUUACUAUCUUCAAUAGUUUCAAAAGCAUUAAAUAUCAUUAUCUAUUCAUAGAUUUAUGAAAUCGCAUUUAAUAUCAUUAAAUAAUCUAGUCAUAAACGCUUUUAGUUAAAUAGGUUUUAGAUUUUUAGUGUAAAAUAAAUGUUUGUUUAACUUUAUUUAAGAUAGUAAAUAUGUUUUUAAAAUAUAUAUAUGGUAUAUAUCUAGUGCGCCGACAAAUACGUAAUCGAACUUAGGAAAUUGGAGAAAUAGAAACUAAGGGGACUGCUUGUUACUUAUUACGUGCACAGAGUUGUAAUAUUUUUUUUAUUAUUGAAAGGUUACUGGUGGCCCGAAGGCCUUUCCAGUUUCUCCAGGACAGGUGAGCGAGCAAAUGUCAGCUAGGAGGAGUGGGAUUCGCUAACAACUGCCCGAGCGCCUCCAAAGGAGACCUAACAACUCAAGAGCAAUUGCUUCGCGAAUGAAUCUACUACCGGAUCGGAAUCGCGACGGAAUGCAUGGGUUAGGAGUUAUAACUACUUUGCUGUACGAACGAUAAUUUGCAGAUUUUAUUCAAAUAUCGUCAGUUAACCCCUUAGGUGUUUGUUACAUGACGGCGAAAAGUAUUCGAAAUAAAACUCUAUUUGUUGUAAUUAUUUAUGUAAAACUUCUGUACCAGAAAUAAUAUAUUUUAUGAGAUAAAUACUGUUUAGAACGUUAAUGAAAAUUAUUUACACAAUAUAAAAAAUAUGUAUACUCACAUACAUUUGUUGACAUUUUGUUAGCUAAAUUGAGACGAGGACUUUAAAAGUCUUAAACGGCCAUCUGGUGUAGUGGUAAGUGACAUGGUCACUACACAAGGGAGUCGCGGGUUCGAAUCCCGCCAAGGGAAGAUAUUUGUAUGAUAAAUAUAAAUGUCUUUUCCAGGGUUAUGGAUGUAUAUUAAAUAUAUGUAUGUGUAUAAUAAAAAUCUUACAUUUAUUUCCGUUAUCUGGUGCCUGUAACACAAGUUCUUUACGAACUUAUCACGGGACCAGUUAACGUGGCGUGAUUGUUAAUAAAUAUUUAUUUAUUUAUUUAUUUAUUUAUUACAAAUUUUGUCAAUGUAAAUUUACAAUGGACAUUUCUAAUAAAACGGAUGGAUGUGGAUUAUUUUUUAAGAUGUAACUAUUAUAUAUUUGGACAAUGCUUCACAAAUAUCUAAAAAUAAGUGUCUUUAAAUUCUCUGUGUUAGGAUUAUUGUGGUUGUUUUUUGUAAAUUUUCCAAAUAUGAUAUGUGUCUCGAAAAUAGUUGCCUGAAUUAGAAGGAUAUAUACUCGCAUCUUUUCACGCCAAGUGUACAAGUCUACAAAUAUUUUCGUUUCGUUGAAGGCAAGACUUUCUCUACAAAGCGCUUAAAUAUAUUAUUUAACUAUAAUAUUUUAUAUGUAUAAAUCUAAACGAUAUGAAUGUAUGAUAUAAGAUAAACAAACGAAUGAAUUCUAGUCAGAGAGCUGUUGUUUUAAUGCCUGUGUUAAUUAAAUUAAAUGAAUUAUAUGUAAGUGUUUCAGAGAAUACACGACUUGAAUCUAA